AUGUCUUCUAUUGCAGCAUCAAAGCUGCAUUUGAUCAUUGAAAGACGAAACGUUGAUGUGAUUAGACUAGGAGAUGGUGACCGAAUGAGAGCCUUAAGGGAACGGGGAUUUCCUAAAAAGACUCUUCUGGCGUUACGCCGGCCACAUUCCGGAGUACUGGCCAAUCUGCUCAGAGACAAGGUCGUGGCAAAGGUCCUCGAGAACACUCAGGAGAAGCUCAUGGAAUUGUUGCAAAAUGAACUUGAUCGGAUGAGCAGCGAGGAGGAGGAUGAUGAUCUCGACCUUGACUCCGACAUAGAGGAAGGUGACCGGACCUUGGAGGGUUAAGAUCAGAGGAGGAUUGGAAACCAUAACGCCGCAUAACGAACGAUGUUCGGGGAAAGCUGAAAAGCUGAUCUGGUUACAUUCACUUAAUACUGUAGGGUUCGAGACGGAAGAAAUGUACCUCACUUUUCCUUGAUGUUUGCUCUUUUACUUUCCCUGCACUUGGGGGGAGGGGCCUGUUAUCAGAGCGCAAUACCCGCGGUACGGGUAUACUGG